AUGGCCCUCAACAAAUACGGCCAACCUCUCUUAUGCAGAGCCCUAUUAGACUCAGGUUCGCAGCUACAUUUCAUAACUGAAUCUUGCGCUUCACAGCUUGGUCUUGAGCGCUCACGGACUGAUCUGCCCAUCAGCGGUAUUGGAAACUCCACCUCGACAAUACGUCACAUAAUCACUACGUCCAUAUACUCACGGCUCAGUAAAUUUUCUAAAACAAUCGACUUUCACGUCUUGCCACAAAUUACUGGCAACCAUCCUGAUAGCUUCAUCAAUGUCGACGAAUGGGAUAUCUUAAAAAGGCUUGACCUAGCCGAUCCUCAUUUUUAUCGUCCGAGCAAAAUUGACAUCCUCAUCGGAGCGGAGCUACUCUUUACUAUUCUGAAACAGGAACAAUAUCGCCUUGCUAUCGACCUUCCUAUCUUACAGAGUACCGAACUUGGAUGGGUAGUCGCUGGCAAACUGCAAUCAAAACCUCUGCCGCUUUCACACUGCAACAUUGCAACCACAGCACUUCCCACACUCUCUUCUCUAGAAAGGACACCUCAUAAAUUUUGGGACCUAGAAGACUACAAGGCUCCGUCUAAGACUCUCUCCCAAGAGGAAGAAGAAUGUGAGAAACACUUUAAGCAGUUCUUCUCACGAACAAGCUCUGGUCGCUUCAUUGUCCGUCUUCCAUUUCGACGAAACCCGUCACAACUCGGAAACUCACUGAACACAGCUUCUAAAAGAUUCAAAACGCUUGAACGCAAGCUCAUCUCCAAACCGGAACUGCAACAGCCUUACAGAGCAUUUGUUAACGAAUACAUAGAUCUUCACCACAUGCAAGAAAUUAAGACUAUACCAACCUCAAACUAUUUUUUACCACACCACUGCGUUGUCAAACCGGAUAGCUCAUCCACAAAACUCCGAAUAGUUUUUGACGGUUCGGCAAAGACUUCAACAAAUCUCUCUUUAAAUGACCUGCUUAUGGUUGGACCAACCGUACAGCCCGACUUAUUUACAGCUUAA